GGUAUUUUAGAGAGUGAAACUGAGAAGUCUGAAUAAGGUUUAUUAACAGGUUAGGCAAAUCUUAACCAGGUGGAAACGUGGGGUUCUGGAGAAGUAAAGAGUGGGGUACAGGAAAAUAUACACUGUCGAGGACAUUGCUUGGGGUCACAGUGGUUAUGGCAGCUGAUGAAUCGGCUGGUGGAGCACGCAGGGCAACUAAGAGCAAACUCUUUGAGUUCCUGGUUCAUGGAGUGCGCCCUGGCAUGCCAUCUGGGGCUCGUAUGCCUCAUCAAGGUGCUCCAAUGGGUCCCCCAGGACCGCCAUUUGGGAGCAGCCCAUCUGUGAGACCUGGAAUACCCCCAACAGUGAUGGAACCAACAAGAAAACGUUCUGCGCCCGCUCAAGUUCAGCAACAAGCUACACCCACACAGGGACGGGCUCGGAGCACAAAGAGAAGGAAGAUGGCUGAUAAAAUUCUUCCUCAAAGGAUACGGGAGCUGGUUCCUGAGUCUCAAGCCUAUAUGGACCUUUUGGCUUUUGAGAGAAAAUUGGACCAAACCAUCAUGAGGAAACGUGUAGACAUCCAAGAAGCAUUGAAGAGACCUAUGAAGCAAAAGAGGAAGUUACGGCUUUAUAUUUCCAAUACAUUUAAUCCAGCAAAACCAGAUGCUGAAGAUUCAGAUGGAAGCAUUGCAUCUUGGGAGCUGAGGGUUGAAGGAAAGCUACUGGAUGAUCCGAGUAAGAUGAAAAGAAAAUUUUCCUCAUUCUUUAAAAGUUUGGUCAUAGAGUUGGAUAAAGAUCUCUACGGACCAGACAACCACCUGGUGGAGUGGCACCGGACUCCAAGCACACAAGAGACUGAUGGCUUCCAGGUUAAGCGGCCGGGCGAUGUUAGUGUGCGCUGCACCCUGCUCUUAAUGCUGGAUUAUCAGCCACCACAGUUUAAGCUUGACCCUCGCCUGGCCCGCCUCUUGGGGAUUCACACUCAGACGCGAGCAGUGAUUAUUCAGGCUCUUUGGCAAUAUAUAAAAACCAACAAACUUCAAGACUGUCAUGACAAGGAGUAUAUCAGCGGCGAUAAGUAUUUCCAGCAGAUAUUUGACUGUCCGCGAUUAAAGUUUUCUGAGAUCCCACAAAGGUUGACAAACUUGUUGCUUCCUCCAGAUCCAAUUGUAAUUAAUCACAUUAUCAGUGUUGACCCAACAGACCAGAAGAAAACCGCCUGUUAUGAUAUCGACGUUGAAGUAGAAGAUCCUCUGAAAAGCCAGAUGAGCAGCUUCUUGCUGUCCACAGCCAAUCAGCAGGAGAUAUCUGCUUUGGACAAUAAGAUACAUGAGACUAUUGAAUCGAUUAAUCAACUAAAAAUCCAGAGGGAUUUUAUGUUAAGCUUUUCCCGGGACCCCAAAGGAUAUAUACAGGACUGGCUGCUAUCUCAGAGCAGAGACCUCAAGAUUAUGACUGAUGUGGUGGGAAAUCCAGAGCAGGAGAGAAGAGCUGACUUCUACCAGGAGCCCUGGUCUCAGGAGGCCGUUAGCCGAUACUUUUACUGCAAGAUCCAGCAGCGCAGACAGGAACUGGAGCAAUCUCUUGGAGUUCGGAACACGUAAUCAUCGGUGGCAGUGACCGAUCAAUGUCCACAAUGUGUCUGUGUCAGAUUACCUUGUUACAUUCAGUGUUAUCGCCCCAGUCUGGUUUAGAUCAGGGAUGUGCUGAUUCCUAUCAAGAAUUCUACCAAUUCACUCAUUUUCUAUUUUCUCAUUUCUAUCUUUUUUUUGCUCCUCAUCUUCACUUUCAUUUUAGAAAUAAACAGUAAGGGUAUAAUAGUUUAGAUCCUACAGAUAUGCCGUCAUAUUCCAACACAUUGCCAUUUGCAAUCUGUUUUGGGCCUCACUGGUGUAUAGUUAGAUUGUAUUCUUUCCAGAUUAUCAAAACCGUAAAAUGCUCUGCGCCAGGCUGUCAGAUCUGUUAUUACCCUCUGUGCCAGGCUGCCAGAUCUGUUAUUACCCUCUGUGCCAGGCUGUCAGAUCUGUUAUUACCCUCUGUGCCAGGCUGCCAGAUCUGUUAUUACCCUCUGUGCCAGGCUGUCAGAUCUGUUAUUACACUCUGUGCCAGGCUGUCAGAUCUGUUAUUACACUCUGUGCCAGGCUGUCAGAUCUGUUAUUACACUGUGUGCCAGGCUG